AUGCGGAAGUCUGGCGUGGCCACCGCACAAGGCGCAUUGUUGGGAGAAGUUUGGAAUGAAACCAAACGCCAAUGGUGCUGCAACUACCAAGCCAUCGGCUGUGGGACCUACGUCUAUGACAUUGAGGAAAGUACCGAUUGUUCACAUGGGGUCUUUGAGCUGUGGUCCUCCACAAAGCGUGAGAAGUGCUGUCAGCUGGAAGGCCGUGGCUGCCUCAAGAGGCCAGUGGGAAUCUAUGACUGCUACGCCAAGAGACCUGAGGAAUGGACAUUCAAGCAGCGGGAUUUCUGUUGCUCCAGCACUGGACGUGGCUGCCACAGGAGCUUCGAGUCCUAUAACUGCAUGGAGGGCUUAGCCAGUUGGAAAGAAGAUUGGAGUUUGCACAAGAAACUCUGGUGCUGUGACACAGAGAAAGUGGGUUGCGCCACUGAGCAGUUCCAUUGCGAAACCGCCCGAAGCACCUGGAGCGCGACGCAGAAAAGCUAUUGUUGUCAAGCGCAUCAUUUGGGCUGUGAGGAAGCUGAAAAGGAAAAGAAGGCAGUCGUAGCAGCUACCACGGCGGAAGCGCCUCUGUAUGACUGCCGAACGGGCUGGCCACAUCACUGGAAAUCUUGGCCAGAGAAGAAACAGGACUUCUGUUGCUCCAACUAUGCGCGUGGCUGCAAGGACAAGGGUGGUCUGCACGCAGAGACUUUGCAGCGUUCCACCGUUCCUGUGCUGGUCCCUGGUACUCCACACCUGUCCUUGCCCACUCUUACGGAGCCCUUUGAUUGUCAGGCUGACCAGGUGAACUGGCACAGCUGGAAAUCCAGCAAGAAAUCCUGGUGCUGCCAGAACAAAGACGUGGCCUGUGCGGAGCAAGUGCCGUGCUCGGCCCGGGGAAGCGCUUCGCCGCUUCGAUCUGCCUGA